AGCAAGUUGGGUGUCAUUAACAUACACUCCAACUUGAGGGGGAGUGUUAAGGAAUGAAUCUUAGAUUGAUUAAGUAAAUAUUGUAAAUAGUCAAUUAGUUAUUCACUUGCUUGUUUUGUAUUUGACUGCCUUGUUUAUAGGCUUUAGUGUAGGAUCCGAAUUGAUAGGUGACUCUAUAUAUUGUUGGAACCCUAAUUCGAUCAAUAAGAAGAAGAAACACAGACUUUGCAUUUCUUCACAAACCAGACCUGAAGCCUGGCCGACAUUCACCCGCACUCCAAUGUCCACAUUACUUCUGAUUGCAGCCAAGAAAGAUCCCGCCAUAUUAGAUAUGGCCAAAACAACGUUUGUAGGGUUGAUUCUCACAUGGUUAAACACAAAAUCACACCGAGCUUUCCAAAUGAACCAACAAGUAAAAGCUACAUUCGUUUGAACCCACAACCAAUCGGCAGAAGUAGCAGUAGUAGAGAUAAAAAUAGCCUGCAACCAACGUAUCCAUGAGCUAAUAGCAGACCUAUUAAUUUUAUAACUCAAAACCCCUCCAAACCAAACAGAUUGAACCCACGGGCAGAGAAGUAAAAUGUGUUCAGUGGUUUCAUCCUCAUAAAGACAAAUAGGGCAGUUGGGGGAAGUGGAAGACCGUCGCAUGAAAAGAUUAGCAUUAGUUGCAAGGGCAUUAUGAAGAGAAUUCCAUAAAAAGUGGCGAAUCUUGGGUGGCACCUCAGCAGCAAACACCCAUGGAGAAGCUUCCGACAGUAAAGUGCUCUCAAGAACUCUGGUUUGGCCUUCUCAUCUCCUUGGCUUUGUGCAUUGUUUUUCUUUCCUUUGAUUACUCUACUUUCUCCAGUCUCAAUCUUUUGCUCAACAAACAAGUCGACCCAAUUGGGGUUUCGAACAACCCUGUCACAGAUUCAUCAUGCUUUGGUCGUUACGUUUAUAUGCACGACGAUCUUCCUGAAAUAUUUAACUCCGACUGGGUAAAAAACUGUAAAUUUCUCACCAAGAGAACUGACAAGCCAAAUUUAUGCACCUUCUUUGAGAAUUAUGGUUUCGGUCCCGAAAUCGAAAACUCGGAAGGGGUUUUGUCUAACAAGAGUUGGUUUUCCACGAACCAGUUCUUGCUGGAGUUCAUAUUCCACAACGAGAUGAAGCACUACAAGUGUCUGACGAAAGUCUCCAGUCAGGCUUCGGCGGUUUAUGUCCCGUUUUAUGCCGGUCUUGAUGCGACCCUCCAUCUGUGGGCUUCUAAUAUCACGGUUAGAGACGCUUCGGUGAAACAACUUGUUAGUUGGCUGGCAAGAAAACCCGAGUGGGCGAAAAUGUGGGGGAGGGACCAUUUCUUGGUUGCCGGGAGAAUUUCUUGGGACUUCAGGAGGCAGACAGAUGAUGUUUCGGAUUGGGGUAGUAAGCUCAGGUGGUUGCCUGAGUCUAUGAACAUGACUAUGUUGUCAGUCGAAGGAAGCUCUUGGAACAAUGACAUUGCUAUACCUUAUCUGACAAAUUUUCAUCCCGUGGAGGAUGAUGAUUUGUUUCAAUGGCAGAGCAGAAUGAGGAAACUAGAAAGGGCUUACUUGUUCACUUUUGCUGGGACACCGAGGCCUGACCAGCAGAGUUCAAUUCGAGGGAAGAUUAUUGAUCGGUGCGUAGCUUCGAGUAGAUGCAAGUUGAUAGAUUGCAGUUUGGGUGGUAACAUAGAUUGUGACAACCCGUUGAGUGUUAUGAGGGUGUUUCAGAGCUCAGUUUAUUGCUUGCAGACUGGAGGGGAUUCAUACACCAGGAGAUCAACUUUUGAUUCUAUUCUGGCAGGUUGUAUUCCGGUUUUCUUUCACCCUGGUGCUGCUUAUUCCCAAUAUUUGUGGCAUUUGCCAAAGAAUCAUAGUAGCUACCCCGUGUAUAUUCCGGUGAGGGUUGCAGAUGAUAUGCCAAGAAGCAUUGACGAAAUCUUGCUUGGAAUUUCAAAGGAGAACGAAUUGGCCAUUAGAGAGGAGGUAAGAAGGCUAAUACCGAAUCUGGUAUAUGCGGAUCCCAGGUCUAGAUUAGAGACUGAGGACGCAUUCGAUUUAGCCAUCAAGGGAAUUCUUGACAGGAUUAAGGAUGUAAGGAAGGUGAUUAGGGAAGGGAAUGAUCUGAGUAUUGGUUUCACAGAUGAGGAUAGCUACAAGUACACGUUUCAUAAAAAACAAGAAUAAACUUGAUUGGAUUCAAUUGUUCUGUCUGUUUGAAAAACAAAAUGAGAUAGAAGAGGAGGUGCAGGGUAUACAAUUGCAAUUCGCGUGUGGAAAGAUUCGAAACUAGAUGAAGCAGUGCCAGUUCUUGCUUUCCAGGUCAUUACUGCAGCUGCGAAACGAUUAUCAAAGAAAGAUAGAAAGCAAAAUGUUAUGUUAGAGGUUCCUAUUUCAUGCUUCUCCUUCAGAACAUGUACCUAUAUAGCACAAUUAUAAAUUAAAGACGUAAUGUUUUUUGAAC